UUCUUUACAGUUUUUCGCUAUCGGAUCAGGCGGCGCAUUUACGACAUGGAAAACGUUAUUGCGCUUCAAGUGUCUCUGACUUGAUGCCAGAUAUAACUGAGAGAGAGAGAGAGAGAGAGAGAGAGAGAGAGUUUUGCGGCACAGCGAAAGUUGGUGUGUUCCCUAAAAACGCGAUUUUUUGCGACGCGUGAGAUGAAGAAAACGCAAAACUGGAUGAACGUGAUCAUGAAAUUAAUAACUCACUGCGUGCCGUUGUGAUCGUGUUGCUAGCAGCCAGCAGAGCAAGAAAAAACACGAAUGGAUGGGCAGAAACUUUUCGUCCAGAGUGUGUUAGAAGUCACUGGGGGGAUCACUGUGUGUGUUUGUGUUCAACAGGAUGAUGGCUAAGAUAUUCCGCGCCGUGGUCCUGGGUCCCCCGGGCUCGGGAAAAGGCACCAUCUCGGCCCGGAUCGCGCACAGUUUCGGCCUCCAGCAUCUGUGCAGCGGAGACUUUCUGCGGGAGAACAUCGCUGCCAAUACUGAAGCUGGUAUUUUGGCAAAAAAAUACAUUCAGAAGAAUCUUUUGGUGCCCGAUAAUGUCAUGACAUACCUUGUCCUUCCCAAGCUGGAGACAAUGACAAAGAAAAGCUGGGUCCUUGAUGGGUUUCCACGAACAGUAGCACAAGCCACAGCCCUGAACAACAUAUGCGACCUAGAUGUUGUCAUCAGCCUUAAUGUUCCAUUUGAGACGCUGAAGGAAAGACUGAGCGACAGGUGGAUCCAUCCAGCCAGCGGGAGAGUGUAUAACAUGGAGUUCAACCCACCUCAAGUCCACGGUGUGGAUGACAUCAGCGGAGAGCCCCUGGUCCAGCACGACGACGACAAGCCUGAAGUGCUGGUGGCCAGAUUGCGGCACUACAAAGACAUCGCCAAGCCUGUCGUAGACCUGUAUAGGGCCAAAGGCAUUCUACACUCGUUCUCGGGGACAGAGACGGACAAGAUCUGGCCCUAUAUCAGCUCUUUGCUUGGCACCAAGAUUCCAGCAUAGCAAACUGGUGCAAUGCUGCUUCCACUUCACAGCCAGAAACCCUGAAAGAAUUCUGGGAGCCAAAGUCCACCACUUAACAUCAGGAGCACGGGCAAAACGCAGGCCGAUUUCUAAAUAUAGAAGGCUCUAGACCGAUUGAAUCUGUAAACAGUCACUGUGGCACCAUAUGUCCUUAAUUUCUACAUACUGCUAUGUGUACAGUACCAGUCAAAAGUAUGAGUACACCUACUUGAAAGAGACUCGCUGGGGCCAAAAAACAAAGAAACUGGACUUUUGAGGAGUGGAAGUUGCCCUUAUGGACCAAUCAGUAAAAAAAAAAAAAAAA